UUACAUAUUCCAGCCAGAUUCUCAACGUUGUUAAUGAAUAUAUCUUAAUUCAUCAGCGUAAUGGUUAAGAUAUGUAAUAUAUGUCAUUCUCUACCUCCAUUCUUCCCUGUGUCCAUUUUUCUCUACUCUACUCUCUCUCUCUCUCAGAUUGGAUUCACUAUCAUGGAAACCUCUUCAGAUACUGUUAGAAGAAAUCGGCCCCAUAUACUCAUGGUUACAACUUCCCUGAAGGGCCACUUCCCUCCCUUCGUACAAUUGCUCUACAGACUUGCUGAUUUCUGGAGACUCCAAAGUCCCCAUGACACUUGCAUCGUAACGGUGGUUGGUGUCAAAGAAGACCUCCUGGACUUGAAGAGACUGCAGUUCGAUGGAGCUUUCAGAGGCGUGGAUUUGCGUUUGUUGGAGAUGUGCGUUGAAAUUUUCCAAUCAGGUAAUCCGAAGAGACCGAUCGACCCAUUGAUUCAGACCAAAAUGUUUCAGGAUGCCUUUGAGCCCCUGCAGCAGAAGAUGAUUGAAGAGAAGAAGAAUGGAGGGCUGGAAAUUCCAACAUGUUUGAUACCAGAUUUUCUACUAACCUUCACAAAGGAUCUCGCGGAAAGUUUGGAAAUCCCUUGGAUUCCAUUCUUUCAUUGUCCAGCUUGGUGCACACAAUCAUUUCUUAUGUUCGAGGAGAUACUUGAUCUACCGGUAACAACAAGCAGCAAUGAUUUUAUACCCAUCCCUGGCCUGCAAUGCUUCCGUCAGAAUGAUAUUGCUAGUGAGAUAUGGGUCACACCUGAAUGGUUUCAGAACCUUCGUCGAAACACGUGCAACAAAUGGCUCUCAGCUGUGCUGUUCAACACUGCACCAGAACUUGAGGGGCCGGGAGGAGCUCUGAACGCUCUCCAAUCGUUCUUCAGUAAACAAGUGGAUAUAAAGCAGGUUCCAAAGCUAUAUACUAUUGGUCCGAUGCUCCAGCUUCCAGGCUUCGGGGCUCAGUACACCACAAGUAUUCCAGAAAACGAUUCAUGCUUGCAAUGGCUAGACAUGCAAGCUGAGAAAUCAGUUUUGUACAUAUCUUUCGGUACCUUGGGAAACUUGAACUGGGAGGAGAUGAGGGAGUUGGCGCAUGGACUCGAGGCGAGUGGUGUUGCCUUCCUGUGGAUCCUGAAAGUAUCAUCCCCGGCAGAAGCCAUCACUCUCUUGACUCCGGGAUUCCUUGAUCGGACGAGACAUCGAGGAUUCAUUCAUAUAGGCUGGGCACCUCAGACUCGCAUUCUCUCGCACUGGGCUGUUGGAGGUUUCAUCUCCCACUGCGGAUGGAACUCGAUCAUGGAAAGUAUUUCCAAUGGAGUGCCGAUAAUUUCAUGGCCAGUGUUUGUUGACCAACCCAUGAAUGCGAGGUUCAUUUCGGAUGUUGCCAAAGUUGGCGUUCCAGUCAUGGAGGACUUCAAUCACAAGAAAACCAUCGUGAGCAGGACCUGCGUGGAGAAAGCAAUCAGAACUCUCAUGUUCGAGAAGACGGGGACCGAGUUAAGAUACAACGCAGUGAAACUGAAGGAGGUGUUGACAGCUUCAGUAGCAGAGGGAGGAUCGUCCCACGCCAAUUUACGGAAGUUUCUCCAAGAGAUUCUGAUGAUUUAGAAGACUUUGAGUUUUCGAGGUUUGGAUAACUCAAAGUCGAUCUGUAGAGAAGCUAAUGUUGCUCCAACUGCUUUCCAGGAUUUGAAAACUUACUCUGAGUCACGGUUUGGAAGGUACAAAUAAAAAUUACUUGG